AUUCCUGACCAAAACUUUCAAUUCUCGCAAUCUUUGAUCAUCAACGCUCACAAGCUUAUAAAGCCUUCAACCAGUCAAUCAACCAUCAACUAAGAAUGUCUUCCGACAAGUCAUACGUCGAUCAGGCAAAGGAGGCCGUCGGUGCCGCCUCGCAGAAGGCGUCCGACGCACUUGGAUCAGCCAAGGACACCGUCUUGGGAACGGCUCAGGGAGCCAAGGAGAAGACCGGAGACUACGCACAGGCAGCCCAGCACAAAGCUGGCGAGGUGACCGGAGCCGGCAAGAGCAACACCGGAUCGGCCACGGACUCGGCCAAGGACGCCUUCGGCACCGUCCAGGACAAGGCCAAGUCCGCAGCAGACCAGGCCGGCUCUAAGGCCCAGGAGGGAAAGCACGAGGCUGGCAAGAAGUUUGAGCAGGCCAAGCAGCAGACACAGUAAAUUGUCUUGCCAAGGUCUGUGCUGGCGUUUUCCUGGAACAUUGCUGAGUAGCAGCAAGGACCUUUGUCCUGUUUUGUCAAGCCUGAAAUGGUGCAGGUGCAACAGGCUGUGAAGCCAUGUAGAACCUGUAUGAUGUCUUGUUCGUGUGCAACAGCAGUUCUAAACAGCAAUGCUAUGCCAUGGAUUGUUGCUGGCUAGCCAAAGUAGGACACUUUUCCAUGAAGAAGACUAGCUUCUGAUUACUAUCUACCAUUAUGUGGCUGGUGUUGUACACUAGCAGUACAUUCAGAAUGUAACAUUUUAAAAAAGAUCACAUC